GCAUCCCAACUGCUGUGCUCCUCUUAUCUCUCGAGAGUCCAGAGUCUCUCCUCAACUGAAUCCUUUACAUUUUCCUCAUCUUUGCUCUUCUUCUCAAAUCUUGUAGAGAAAAUACUUUCAGCUGGGUUUUAGGUUCUAGCCCGUUUUUAUCUAGCAGUAGUUAGUGGCUAAGGAGUUAAAGCAGUUCUUCAACAGCAGUGGUGGUCAUUCUCGACAUUUAUUCGAUUAUUCCCCUUCUUUUUACGGUAAAGCUAUUGGGCCAGAGCCUUCCUUUCCUUUUCUUUAAGCUCUGCAACUUUCUAAGAAAAAUUUCUCACUUUUGCUUUAUAUUACUACCAGUUCUUGGUCACUCUCUCAUUCACUUUGCAACUCUCCGUACUGUUCGUUAAUCUUUACCCAGUUUGGGUCCAUUCAGUCUAGUUAACAUUUCCCAUCUCUCCCACAGAGGCACAAACACUCGCUUUUUUAGUGUAACUUUCCUUGAAAUUUCUCGUCCUUUUUUGAGAGAGAUAGAGCAUUCAACCUCUCUCCGUUUCAAGCUUCUCUUUAACGUUGUGUUGUUUCUCUCAACUUUCUUUAUAUCCUCUGUCUCCGUUUCUUUAUUCUCCCUCGUGUUUGGUCUGAAAGGGAAUCUCCUCCCUAUUCUUUUCUUUUCUUUUUUUUUUUCCGUCCCCUAUAUUUCAUGCUCUCCUGCUCCUUCUUCCUGGCUUACUUCACUUUCAAUGCGAAUCUGAAAGAACCCAAAACCUCAACAAGAAAAUAGAACGAAAAAAACCCUCGAAAUGGAUCAAGAUUGUGUGAUGUCCAUGAAUCCAAUCAAGUUCAGUGAGCACCGAAAUCACACCAAACUUGUAAGGUCGUUCUCAAAUCCGACAGCAGAGGCCAAACCACCGAGAGUUGUGCGGAUAUCAGUAACAGACGCAGACGCUACUGACUCCUCCAGUGACGAAGAAGGUGAGCUCUAUAGGCGACAGAGAAUGAAGAAAUUUGUUAACGAGAUUACAAUAGAGUCGUCAUGUUCAAGCGAAAGCGACUCUAUUUGGAGAAGCAGGUCAUCCAGGAGUAGUCGUCCAAAGUGUUCUGCCGGAAAAUCGGGCGGUUGUCCGGUGAGUCUUCGUCCGGUAAAGGCUGCAGCCCCUGGAACAGGCAAGAAGUUCAGAGGUGUGAGACAGAGACCCUGGGGAAAAUGGGCGGCGGAGAUCAGGGAUCCUCUGCGACGUGUACGGUUGUGGUUGGGUACAUACGACACUGCUGAAGAAGCUGCCAUGGUCUAUGACAACGCGGCUAUCCAGCUGCGUGGACCAGACGCGCUCACAAACUUUGUUACCCCUCCAGCAAAAUGUUCGCUGCCAACAAAGCCGGCUGUUAGCUCUAGCUACAACUCCGGAGAUGAAUCUCAUAACAACAACACGAUCUGCUCUCCAACUUCCGUUCUUAGGUUUCCCUCCUCAACUUCCUCCAACGAAGAAGCCGAAUCUCAAAGCGGACUUUGCAGAAAAGAAGUCCGAGAAUUCAAAAAAGAGUCGAGCUUGUCGGAGAAUUUGUCGGAGUUCUCGGAGUAUUCUUCGAUCAACACUUGCUUUCCCCACGAUAAUUUUGACUUCUAUAGUUCCAUGCGGGAUAUAUUUAACGAAGCAAGUAUGCAAAACGGAUUUCUAGAAGACGAUUCCGAGGACAUGUUCGUGGACUCCAGUGGGGAUUUCGGUUUUGGAUUUUCGAACUGGAAUGUGGAAGAUCAUUUUCAAGAUAUAGGGGAUUUAUUCGGGUCAGAUCCUCUCGUCGCCAUCUGAACCGGUUUUCCUCGAAUCAGCAUUGCCUGUUUGCUAGUAAAUUUUGUAUCGGCGGAAGAAAUAUCGAACGUAUUCCAGUAUCAGUUUUUUUUUUUUAAAUAAUAAUUUUGUACCAAGUGUGGCAAUGUGUAUUUUAAUGAGAGAGAAGAAAAAAAAGAGCGACCGUCACGGUAACGGUGACGGCCGAGUUUUUGGGUACGUGGUAUCUAC